CAGUUAAACUUGAAAUUUAUUCUUCAAAUAUUUUUAACAGAUAACUGGAUGUGUGAGAUUAGCAGCAAUGUAUGGCUCCGGUUGUUGGGCAUCCUCAAAAGGUCUAUUUGGGGCUCCAUUUAUAGUUGGUUGUUGCGUUAGUGGUGCUGGAGAGUAUUUAAUGAAAGGAUUUGCUGCUCGGGAGAGCUGUGUCUCAUCAUCAUUGUCGCGGGCAGGUUUGGGCUCUGCUUGCAUGAAAGUUUUGCGCUAUGUUAUGCAAGAUAGUAGCCAACACGGUACUGAUAAAAGUGUCGGAACUCUAGUUGUUCAAACUAAGGCUCCUAUAACAGUGAGAGCUCCCACUCCCAAACCUCAAUCUUAAUGGUUGUUUUAAGAAAAAAAAUGACUUAAUAUUUGUUUGUUUCCUAUUUAGCUUCUCAGGACUUCACCUAAAUUGAAAGCUAUAUAGAUUGCAGCAGCCUACACUUCCUUGUCUUUUGGAAUAUGUUAUUUUGGAAGCUCUAUGGAGUGGGCCAAGGUAGUAUACUCUAUUUCGAGUAAUAUUUCAAAGCCUUUAUUGUUGCAUAUGAAUUUUCUUCUUUAAUUGAUACAUUUAGAUCAGAUUUUAAGAUCACAGUGAGUUCAGUCAAUCCCUGCAGAUGACAUUUAAUGGAGAAUCAUCUCAUUGAGAGUAAACCAAUAUGUUGUGUAUUAAUUAGGUGUGAAGUGUUCGUUAACAUUUACUAUAUAUAAUGAUUUCUUGUUUUAUAAUUGAACAAAUAUUUUAUAUAAGAGCAUAUCAUAAACUGACUGGAAGAGAUUUGCAUUUCAUAUUUG